AUGCAGAUCUUUGUUAAGACGCUCACGGGCAAGACCAUCACCCUCGAGGUCGAGUCGUCCGAUACGAUCGACACGGUUAAGAACAAAAUUCAGGAUAAGGAAGGCAUUCCUCCUGACCAACAACGCUUGAUCUUCGCCGGGAAGCAGCUCGAAGAUGGCCGCACCCUAUCCGAUUACAACAUCCAGAAGGAGUCGACGCUCCAUCUUGUCCUGCGUCUCCGUGGUGGAAUGCAGAUCUUCGUGAAGACGUUGACUGGAAAGACCAUCACUCUCGAGGUUGAAUCUUCCGACACCAUUGACACGGUCAAAAAUAAGAUUCAGGACAAGGAAGGUAUUCCUCCCGACCAGCAGCGCCUCAUCUUCGCCGGGAAGCAGCUUGAGGAUGGCCGUACCCUUUCUGACUACAACAUUCAGAAGGAAUCUACUCUCCACCUUGUUCUUCGUCUUCGUGGUGGUAUGCAGAUCUUCGUCAAGACGUUGACAGGCAAGACCAUCACCCUCGAGGUCGAAUCUUCGGAUACAAUCGACACGGUCAAAAAUAAGAUUCAGGAUAAGGAGGGCAUUCCUCCCGAUCAGCAACGAUUGAUCUUCGCCGGCAAGCAGCUCGAAGAUGGACGAACCCUGUCGGAUUACAACAUUCAGAAGGAGUCAACGUUGCACUUGGUUCUUCGUCUCCGUGGCGGUAUGCAGAUCUUCGUGAAGACUUUGACUGGGAAGACGAUCACGCUUGAGGUGGAAUCUUCCGACACCAUCGACACGGUCAAAAAUAAGAUUCAGGAUAAGGAAGGUAUUCCUCCUGACCAGCAGCGUUUGAUCUUCGCUGGUAAGCAACUCGAGGAUGGUCGUACUCUAUCAGAUUACAACAUCCAGAAGGAGUCGACUCUUCACCUUGGUGAGUUGGGUCUUGCUCACAUCACUGCCAACGGUGCUAAUAUUCUUGACAGUGCUGCGCUUACGCGGGGGUAA